GUCAAGAUUGGCCAUUCUCUUUAGUGUUUGCCUUGUCUACCUUCCUUUCACCUCCUCACAACCAAAAUUUGACCAAAAAUCACAAAGGAACGCCCCUAGAAUUUGGCGAAAAACAUAGCGAUACAACAUUUAAGCAACGUAUCCUAUGGACUAAGACCUGGGCAGGAAGGAUAAAGAGGCAAAGCUUUGCGGUCUCAAACAUUAUCUCCCUCUGGCACUUAUUGGUACUCUGCUGCAAAGCUCAACCUUUACUCCAGCCUACCAAGCACUUUUACCCAACAAGAGUAUGUCCCAACUCCAGUUUCAGUGUCCAGGUAACUCCAUGUCUGGAGCUGUGCUAGCUACCACCCCACUGCAACUACCACCCCACUCCCAACCUGGCUACAGUAUUCCCUGUUCAUCGAGCCCCCUGCCCUCAGAGAGUGCCAGUCACCCUCUCAGGAGCUCUGCUCUGCCCUCAGGCUCAGCCACUGUCUUCAGCCCCCAAUCAGUAUCUAACAUGGCAAACCCUAAAGAGAAGACCCCCAUGUGUCUGGUGAAUGAGUUAGCCCGUUUUAAUAAAAUCCAGCCCGAGUACAAACUGCUGUGUGAACAAGGACCAGCUCAUUCGAAGAUGUUCUCAGUGAGACUGACCCUGGGAGAUCAGCGCUGGGAGGCAGAGGGGACCAGCAUUAAGAAAGCCCAGCACUCGGCUGCUGCGUCCGCCCUGGCCCAGACCACCCUGCCCAAACCCAGUAUGAGGAGUCCCCGCAACACAGUAGACUGCAUGACACACACCAUGGAGUUGAAUGCACUUUGUAUGAAGCUGGGGAAGAAGCCUAUAUACAAACCUAUUGACCCGUACCCUGGUAUGAGACCCAGCUUCAACUACAACAUCAGGCCUCCUGGGCCCUACCAGCGCUCCAUGCAACAGUACUACUAUCCGUUUCCCCCAGUGGGGACAGUGCUCUACCACAUGGAGCUGUCCAUCGGAGGCCAACAGUUCCAUGGGAAGGGGCGCACACGGCAGCUUGCCAAACACGACGCAGCGGCCAAGGCGCUCAAAGUGCUGCAGAAGGAGCCAAUGCUGCAGGAGCUGCCAGAGAUAAACGGAGAACCCGAGGAAGAGAAUCUCAACAAAUCCGAAAUCAGCCAAGUGUUUGAAAUUGCACUUAAGAGGAACUUGCCAGUUGACUUUGAGGUUCUGCAGGAGGCCGGCCCUCCGCACAUGAAGAGCUUCAUGGUGCGUGUGACCGUCGGGGAGUUUUCUGGGGAAGGUGAGGGCAAGAGUAAAAAGAUCGCCAAAAAGCUAGCAGCCACGGCAGUGCUGGAAGAGCUGAGGAGGCUGCCCCACCUGCCCACCGUGGAGAAGAUGCUGCCACGGAUCAAGAAGAAAACCAAGUCCAUCAUCAAGCUGCAGACGAGCCCCGAGUACGGCCAGGGCAUGAACCCCAUCAGCCGCCUGGCUCAGAUCCAGCAGGCCAAGAAGGAGAAAGAGCCCGAGUACAACAUGGUAACAGAGAGGGGCCUGCCUCGACGCAGGGAGUUUGUCAUGCAGGUGACUGUGUGUGGUCAGUGUGCUGAGGGGAUGGGUCCCAGUAAGAAGGUGGCCAAGAGGAACGCAGCAGAGAAGAUGCUGGAGCUGUUGGGAUACAAAGUGCCUCAGCCUCUGCCCCCCAAACCGGCACUUAAAACAGAUGAGAAGGCUCCUCUGAAGAAGCCAGGAGAUGGACGGAAGGUGACCUUCUUUGAACCAGGUUCUGUGGAGGAUGUCGCUCUGGGUGACCAUCAGGGGAGAGUGUCCUCCAAAGAGGAAGACUUCCGCAUACCUUACCUCAGCCACCAGCAGCUCCCUGCAGGCAUCCUGCCCAUGGUGCCUGAGGUGGCCCAGGCAGUGGGGGCCUGCCAAGGGCUUCAUGCCAAGGACUACAGCCGUGCCAUGGCCAACGCCAACCCAGCCAUGGCCACAAUCACUGCCAUGAUUGCCAACGAGCUGCUGUACGCUGGUACCUCCCUGACGGCAGAGACCAUUCUGAAGAGCAAAAACAGCCUGGGCCACUUGCCCCAUGGCCCCCUCACCAGACCCUCAGAACAGCUCAGCUAUCUGGCCACAGUGCAGGGCCUCCAGGUGGAAUACAAAGACUUCCCCAAAAACAACAAGAACGAGUUUGUGUCGCUUAUCAACUGCUCCUCCCAACCGCCGCUUAUCAGCCAUGGGAUCGGGAAGGAUGUGGAGUCCUGUCACGACAUGGCUGCCUUGAAUAUACUGAAGUUACUCUCUGAACUGGACCAGCAGUCCAAUGACAGGACAGGAAACGGACCAAUCUCUGGGUGUGGCAAACAGGAGUUAGAAGGCGACUCUUUGCUCAAACAGGCUAACUCAAGCACCUUGGUACAGACUCUGGAUGGCACAGUGUAGACACAGGAUUGGUUGUUUGAAAAAGCACUAGAGAAAAGUCAGACACUGCGUUCUGAUUGGCUCUUUGCAGGCCACAGGAAGCUGUGGGCACUGUAAAGCAUCACUCCUCGUAUUCAAUGUUCAAAAUGUUCACAGUUAAACAAGAUUGAUAGAAGAUUGGUAGAUUUCCUCUCCUUAAUGUUGUUUAAUUGUACACAUUAUUUAUUUUUUAUGUUGCUUAUUAGAUAAUGUAGCUGCAUCCUAUUCUAUGACAGAGCGGUUAUUAUUGACAUGUGGUUGAAAUCCAAAGGAAUUAUGGUAACUGUGAAAAGAGAUUUUGUGUUGUCUCAGACAGAUUUGUUGAUUCUGUUUUAAUUGUUUUAUCAUGCCUUACCUGCUCGAGGUCUUGAGUAGGUUGUUACAUUUGAGUUUGGAACCCCUUUCUAGACUAGGAUGCAGCUUAUGAACCACUGUUGAUUUUCCUUAAGGUGCUUUAUAUCAACAACCACAAGUGAAGUGUUUAUCUACAUUACCAUGUAGGGCUGGGAAGGUUUUGUGACUAAAUGUAGCGUGUGAUGUCGUGAUGUUGUCCCCACCCUGUGUGGUGGGCCAUUAGAAGUCUCUGUUGCGUAUGUACGGUCUAAGCACGAUGUCCCCCCUCCCCUGCAACUCCCCAAACUCCCCCUUGUCACAUCAGUCUCCCUGAUGCCCGUCCCCUCAGUGUCAACCCCCCCCCCCCCCCUCUCU